AUGGCCACCAAAUCGUCAAUCGUUUUGAAGGCUUCGAGCGAUUGGCCCCUUUGGUAUCGAAUUAUCCUUAAUAAGGCAGAGGACGAGUGCUUAUUAGAAUACGUCAAAUUGGUCCAGACCAAGGAAUCUUCUACACCAGCCGUAGAAGGCGGCGAUGAAAUCGUCAAAAUCAGUUGGACGUUGCCGCCAAAACCACCGGUCAAGCCACAAGAAAUCGCUAUGCCAGAGUCCGAUACCGAAGCCAGCCAGAGAGAGUAUGAGAUCAAACUCGCUCACGUCGAAACCGCAGCGGAGGCUUUGUUAAUCCUUAGCCAACGCCUAUCGCCAACUGCCGCUGAGAGGGUGGCUGAUGUCCGAAAACGCUAUAACACACUUCUCGAAGCGCCGAAAAACUGGAACCUAGCUGAUUGGCUAGACGAUUGGCCUAUGUCGUAG